CAUAAGAAAAACCAUAGGAGAGAAUAAAACUGAUCAUAAUCAGAGAUAUCAACGUGAAAUCAUGAAGAGCAAUUUACAUUGUUUGAGUAGUAAGUUAGGUUCUUAUUGUAGUUGUUCUUGUAUCAAAGUAGUUUGUCUAGGAAAAUCUUUUCAUCGUCUCAUCCCUUGUAUUUACCGUUGCUUAAUCUUCAACUUUAAAUCACUUUGGUUUCAGUUUUGUUAUUUUAUGUGUCUUUCGAUCAUGGGUUGUUUAACUUUGAGUUUUCUAAAACCAAGAGCAUCAAGUAGUCCUCCGGAGUAUCUUGAUAUGUUCUUUACAUCGGUAUCUGCUACGACGGUUUCGAGUAUGUCGACUGUCGAAAUGGAGGAUUUUUCUAACAAUCAACUUGUUGUUUUGACCAUUUUAAUGUUCUUAGGAGGUGAAGUUUUUACUUGUUUUCUUGAACUUCAAGUAGAAAAAUCUAAAUUGAUGACCGAGAGAAAUAAAAAGGAGAGGAAUACUAAUAGUGUUGUUCAUGAUGAUCCACAGCUUGAGUUGGGCGAAUUAGAAAGUAAUGGAUCAUAUGUUACCGUUAACGAAAACGUAAUCCGCUCCAUAACUCAUUAUAGUAGCAGUACUAGUGAUCAUGAGGAUUUGAAGUAUAAUUCUGUCAAGUACUUAGGUAAUGUGCUUCUAGGGUACCUCAGCGCGUUUCUAGGUGGUGGUUCUAUACUAGUAUAUAUGUACAUGAAAUUUGUCCCAAGUGCAAGUGAGGUUCUAAAAAGUAAGGGUAUUGAUCCUCUAACUUUCUCCGUGUUUUCGAUCGUUUCAUCGUUUGUGAACUGUGGUUAUAUUCCAACUAAUGAAAACAUGGUUGUUUUUCGGAAGAAUUCCGGUCUCAUAUUACUUAUAAUUCCUCAAGUUCUCUUCGGUAACACUUUGUUCCCGGUAUGUUUGAGGUUUGUUUUAUGGGUUUUGGGAAGGUUUAGUACUAAAGAAGAACUACAUUACAUGUUGAAGGUUACUUCAAAAGAUGAGAUUAUUCGAUAUCCUGCGAAGGAAAUACUGAUCUCUACUAUUAAUUCCUUGUAUUUUCUUGCUACUGUGCUUGUAUUCAUACUAGUACAGUUUAUACUGUUCUGUUCAUUGGAAUGGAAUUCGGAAGGAUUACAUGGAAUGAAUUCCUACCAAAAAUUUGUUGGUGCACUGUUUCAAACUGUUAAUUCAAGACAUGCGGGAGAGAAUAUUAUCGAUCUUUCCAUCAUCUCACCGGCCAUUUUGGUGGUAUUCGUCGUUAUGAUGUACCUUCCACCAUAUACUUCAUUUCUACCACUCAUCACUGAUGAACAACAAUCAAUGACGGGUAGUUUUGAUCGGAAAAUGAAACAAAAACCACGAAGAACAAUCGAUAACUUGCUAUUUUCACAAUUACCGUAUUUGGUUAUUUUCAUAACCAUUAUUUGCAUAAUAGAGAGAAAGAAGCUUAAGGAUGAUCCUCUCAACUACAGUGUCUUCAACAUCACUAUAGAAGUUAUCAGUGCAUAUGGAAAUGUAGGGUUCACGACGGGUUAUAGUUGUAAACGGCAGCUAAAUCCAAACAACCAAUGCAAAGAUAUGAUGUAUGGAUUUGUGGGAAGAUGGAGCAACGGAGGAAAAAUAAUGCUCGUAAUGGUCAUGGUUUUUGGACGACUUAAGAAGUUUAACUUGAAAGGAGGAAGAGCUUGGAAAUCAAACUGUUUGGAAAAAGGGUCUUCCAUUGUCUCAUAGCAUGAUCAAUCUUUUGUUGCACACAAAAAAAAAGUCUUAUAUUCCAAUAAGAUUAUGCCGAUCCCUUAUAUUCCAAUAAGAUUAUGCCGAUGUUCACACCCCAGAUUUAUUUUCUAAUUAAGAAAGUUAAAAUAAA